GGGUGUCGCCUGACCGGAUGAUGACAGAAGUUUUUAGUCUAAUGUGGCCACUUUUAUCAUGCUACCACCCCCAGUCCGUAACCGCGCCAGGGCCUUGACCGCUGUCAGGACUCUUGACUCUUAACUUCCUUGUGUUUAAAUGAAAUAAACUCACAGAGACAGUGACAGACUGCUGGGAACUUUUUUUUUGGUCUGCUGUCGGAGCGACCACUUUGGCUCUUGUUUGACCAGGGAGCAUAGCAGGAUAGAGCCCGUCGGGCUGACCGAAACGCCGCGAUGGGAAACCGGGGGAUGGAAGAUCUCAUUCCCCUCAUCAACAAGCUCCAGGACGCCUUCAGCUCCAUCGGCCAGAGCUGCAACUUGGACCUGCCGCAAAUAGCGGUCGUCGGCGGCCAGAGCGCAGGGAAGAGCUCCGUGUUGGAGAAUUUCGUCGGGAGGGACUUUUUGCCCAGAGGAUCUGGCAUUGUCACCCGUCGUCCUCUCAUCCUCCAGCUGGUUAACAGUAAAGCAGAGUAUGCAGAGUUCCUGCACUGUAAGGGCCGCAAGUUUGUGGACUUUGAGGAAGUCCGUCUGGAGAUUGAAGCAGAAACCGACCGUCUCACUGGCUCCAACAAGGGCAUCUCACCCAUCCCCAUCAACCUCCGUGUCUACUCCCCUAAUGUGCUGAAUCUGACCCUGAUCGACCUGCCGGGGAUGACCAAAGUGGCCGUGGGAGACCAGCCUCAUGACAUUGAACACCAGAUCAGAGACAUGCUGCUGCAGUUCAUCACCAAGGAGAGCUGUCUGAUCCUUGCCGUUACCCCGGCCAACACUGACCUGGCCAACUCUGAUGCCCUUAAAAUAGCCAAGGAGGUGGACCCUCAGGGUCUGCGGACUAUUGGUGUGAUCACCAAGCUGGACCUGAUGGACGAGGGGACGGACGCACGAGACAUCCUGGAAAACAAACUGCUGCCACUGCGCAGAGGUUACAUCGGGGUGGUGAACCGCAGUCAAAAGGACAUUGAUGGGAAGAAAGACAUCCGUGCUGCUUUGGCUGCUGAGAGGAAGUUCUUCCUGUCCCAUCCUGCAUAUAGACACAUUGCAGAACGUAUGGGCACACCACACCUGCAGAAGACCCUCAAUCAGCAACUCACCAACCACAUCCGCGACACGUUGCCAGGGUUACGCAGCAAGCUGCAAAGCCAGAUGUUAUCACUGGAGAAAGAGGUGGAGGAGUAUAAGAACUUCCGCCCUGACGAUCCUGCACGCAAGACCAAGGCCUUACUUCAGAUGGUGCAGCAGUUCGGUGUUGACUUUGAGAAAUGCAUUGAGGGGUCUGGAGAUCAGGUGGACACCUCCAACCUGUCAGGUGGAGCCAAGAUCAACCGCAUCUUUCACGAGCGCUUUCCCUUCGAGCUGGUGAAGAUGGAGUUUGAUGAGAAGGAGCUGAGGAAGGAAAUCAGCUACGCCAUCAAGAACAUCCAUGGAGUCAGGACAGGCCUGUUCACCCCAGACCUGGCGUUUGAGGCCAUAGUGAAAAAGCAGAUCAUUAAGCUGAAAGAGCCCUGUCUGAAAUGCAUCGACCUGGUCAUCCAGGAGCUCAUCAACACAGUCAGACAGUGCACCAAUAAGUUGGGCUCGUACCCUCGACUGAGAGAAGAGACAGAGAGAAUCGUCACCACCUACAUCAGAGAGCGAGACAGCAAGACCAAAGACCAGGUGCUGCUGUUGAUUGACAUUGAGCUCUCCUACAUCAACACUAACCACGAGGACUUCAUUGGAUUUGCAAAUGCCCAGCAAAGGACUGCUGCUAACGCUACCAAGAAGAGAGUCAUGCCCAAUCAGGUGAUCCGCAGAGGCUGGCUCACCAUCAACAUCAGUAUCAUGAAGGGAGGAUCCAAGGACUACUGGUUUGUCCUGACUGCAGAGUCUCUCUCCUGGUAUAAAGAUGAGGAGGAGAAAGAGAAGAAGUACAUGCUGCCUCUGGACAACCUGAAGCUGAGAGAUGUGGAGAAAGGCUUCAUGUCCAGCAAACACGUCUUUGCCAUCUUCAACACUGAGCAGAGGAAUGUGUAUAAAGACCUGCGUCAGAUUGAGCUGGCAUGUGACACUCAGGAGGACGUCGACAGCUGGAAGGCUUCGUUCCUCAGAGCUGGUGUUUACCCAGAAAAAGACCAGCCUGAGAAUGAAGACGCAAUGAAUCCUAGUGACACAGUGUCCAUGGACCCCCAGCUGGAGCGGCAGGUGGAGACCAUCCGCAACCUCGUGGACUCCUACAUCGGCAUCGUCAACAAGUCCAUCAGAGACCUCAUGCCCAAGACCAUCAUGCACCUCAUGAUCAACAGUGCGAAGGACUUCAUCCACUCAGAGCUGCUGGCCUACCUGUACUCAGCCGGAGACCAGGGCAGUUUGAUGGAGGAGUCAGCAGAGCAGGCUCAGAGGAGAGAUGAGAUGCUGAGAAUGUACCACGCUCUGAAAGAGGCCUUGGUCAUCAUUGGAGACAUCAGCACCACCACUGUUUCUACACCAGUGCCUCCACCUGUAGAUGACACCUGGAUAGCCAAGGAACUAAGUCCUCCUUCAGCAUCGCGCCCUGCCUCAGCAACAGCACCCCCUCCAACCCGACCUCCAGCAGUGAGGGGGCCCACCCCCGGUCCUCCGCUCCCCCUCAACCCCUCCCCAGCAUUCGGAGCACCGCCUGUUCCCUCGCGGCCUGGCCCGGGGCAAACAGCUUACGCCGGCGAUCCCAACUCUGGGUCUGUGCCUCUUGUCCCAUCAAGGCCAGCCCGCGUGCCUCCUGCGCUGCCGCCGGGGAUUCCCAGCAGAAGACCCCCGGCUGCUCCCAACCGACCUACUGUCAUACGUCCUUCAGAGCCCUCCCUGCUUGACUAGAAAUACACACACACAAACACACUUCUUUUUGUUUACACUUUUAUAUUUCUCUUGAGCAGAGAUAGUCAUUCAAUUUUCAUGUAUAUUCCUCUAACUACAAACUUUGUCCUACUGUAAUUGGUAAUCUUAUGCUGUUCCAGUCUGUGCAUUUCAGAAGCAUUAUGUAUGUAAUUUUGACUUUACGUGUAGGUAGCUUUUUUUUUUUUUUUAACAAAGUACAUGAUGAAUUUUCUGCUUUCAGUGUUAUGAAAAGGGAUCCAUUAGAUGAUUUUAUUGACUUUAAGGUUUUGAACCAAGCAAGUCAACUCAAAUUUUUGUUUCAUUUGAAAUGAAAUGUGUCUUAAAACAAUAUAUGAUUCGUAACUUUUUAUAUAAUGGUAAGGAAACACUUUUAAAAGUAAUUUUUUGUGAGUUGUAUACUUGCUAAUGUUUUGUCAGUAAUCUUAUACACUAAGCACCUCAUUAAGUAAGCGGCACUUUUUGAUAAAGUCCUUUUCUUCUGUCAGUAGAUUUUCAAAGUCAGCCUUCAGAUGAGCUUAUUAAAAUUAGACUGACCAAUGGAAUUAGUAUGCUUCAACAUUUUAGCUAAUUACUUUAUUACAAGUUUUUUUUUUCCAAGUAUAGUUAGGCUUUAGUGUUUUUCCUUUGUGGACCAAUUAAACAUGAGACAGAGCAGGGAGAAGGCUGGGGAAAGACAAAGCAGCUGUGGGAUUUCUUCUGGUGUAUUACUACUAACAGUAGUGGCUGAGGUAAGAAUGACCUUGCCCGGCUUAAUGUCCUCUGACAGUUACCUCCCACAACUCGGUGAAAAAAGUGCCUGGGGCGAAAAUUAUUUUGUAAUUACUUCAUAAAUCAUUAUCUUAAAAAGCCAUAGUGAAAAAAGUCACUUAAGAAAAAAAGGGCCUCUUUUUAAGAAGGUGUAUAAAGUGAUGGACUGAAUAAAAGAACACGAGAAGAAGAA